UAGGAGACUAUGAAAGCACAGAGCAGGACUUAGCAUCGCUGCAGGGAGAAAGGCUUGGGCCACGAAAAGUUCACCUGUUACUGGAAUUUUAAGCUGUCAUAAAUAAUAUGAAUGUUCCUAAGUGCACAAGGUAAACAUACAUGUGCAUAAACCACAUGUCUGAAAUGGUACAUGAGAGCAAGACCAGGGCCAUCUUUAGCCCCCAGUUAUAAGACUCCCUCUAAAGCAGGUAGAAGGAAGCUCUUGACAAAACCUUUCCCAAUAGGCAGAGUUCUUUUCACUUGCUAAUCCCUCAAAUCCACUAAUAGACAAACUUCUCACUAACCCCAAAAUUUAGUUCCUGCCUCCACUCAUUCUUCUCUGGCAGAUAAUGAACCUAGGGGAUACCGGGUCCCUUGUUGGGGAGUUGGGCUGUACAAGCCAACCCCAAAAUUUUGUCUAAUAUUAGACUCAAGGACGAAGCCACAGGCAGAGCCUCUCUCUUCAGCAGAGGCCUACCUUGCACCCGGGGAAAGGAGUUGGGAUACUCAGGGGUAGAAGGGGGGGAGGCUUUGGCCUGCAAUGCUCGCUCUUCUCCCCUGCAACAAAAGUGGAGGGUGGAAGUUAACUUGGGGCUUAGCCACACUUCCUCUUAGCACUGUUUCCCCUGGGGGAAACCACUCUCUGUCAGCACAAAUGACAAUUUGGGUUCCCCCCGGAUAGCCAUUUGUGCCGAAUUAUCACUAAAGAGCAGUUUUUCCCUAGGAAAGGCGUAGGGGUGGGGGCAAAGGAGAAGCAAGGCACAUCACAAGCGGAAGUUUGGAGGAGCCUUCGGCCCCACAGCCUACUAUGAGAUGCACAUCAAUAGAUAGGAAGCUGUCUCAUAAUGAGAUCAUUCAUCCACCUAGCUCAGUAUUGUCUAAACGGACUGGCAGCCAUAGUUCUCCAAGGUUUCUGGCAGGAACCUCUCCCAGUCCCACCUGGUGACACCAUUGGGGAUUGAACCUGAGACCACUGCAUGCCAAGAAGGCACUCUGCCUAUGACCGUUCCCCUUUAAUGGCAGGUGCCAGUUUGGAAAGACCCCAUAUAUAAACUGUAGGGAUGGCUAAGUCGGGGCUAGAGAUCCUUUGCUUUUCAGUCACACAACACAUGCUCUGAAGGCGGUGUGGGUGUGGAGAUAAAGGAAGAACUCCCACCUCCUUACAGACGUUCACCUGAAGAACCAAAGUCUUGGCAAGACGUCGUCUACAUCCCCAUCCAUGGACACUGGAGCCUCCUAAAGUGAGGGCUGCCUCUCAAAAGGUAUCCAUUCAAGACUCAACAUGUGGGGCCCUGCAGUACAGAAUGGUCAUAUCUCAGGGGUCCUUUGCUAGUGCCUCCCGCUCCCCGGUUUCACAUUGGCAGGAAAGCGUUUGCUAGUACAGAAAAAAAGUGCUGUGGGGACCCCCCUCCAUGGAGUCGCCUCCCUCCUCCCACCUCCAUAACAGAAUCUUCUUGACUUGGCAACUUUGGAACUGAGUGACUGUUGCAUCAUCUCUCGUUCCGGAGUCAGGCCGGGGUUCUCUUGGCUCCAGGGCGCGGCUGAACCUCUCUUUGCAAGAAGCCACGUUGAACCCGUGUUCCUGAGCUUGGGCGAGCCCAGAACGAUGGUCACAAUCGAGUCGGAAUCAGACUUCUACGACGUUUUUGAGAUCCUGGGGAAGGGCACCUUCGGGGAAGUGGUGAAGAGCUGGAAGCGCAGCACAGGCGAGAUGGUGGCCAUCAAGAUCCUGAAGAACGACUCCUACCGGAGCAGGAUCAUCAAGAACGAGCUGAAGCUUCUGCAAACCAUGUCUGAGGUGGACUCGGAGGAGUCCCACAUCGUCCAGUUCCACGAGUUCUUCCAUGACGAGCUCAAGUUCUACCUGGUCUUCGAGCUGCUGGAGCAAAACCUCUUUGACUUCCAGAAGGAGCACAACUUUUCCCCGCUUCCCGUCCGGCACAUCCGGACAGUGACCAUACAGGUGUUGAGGGCGCUGGCCAAGCUGAAGGAGCUCUCCAUCAUCCACGCGGACCUGAAGCCUGAAAACAUCAUGCUGGUGGACCAAGUCAGGUACCCUUUCCGAGUCAAGGUGAUAGACUUUGGCUCAGCCAGCAUCUUCAACGAGGUGCGCUACGUCAAAGAGCCCUACAUCCAGUCCCGCUUCUACCGGGCGCCCGAGAUCCUGCUGGGCCUGCCCUUCUGCGAGAAGGUGGAUGUCUGGUCCUUGGGCUGUGUGAUGGCCGAGCUGCACCUGGGUUGGCCCCUCUACCCUGGCAACAACGAGUAUGACCAGAUCCGGUACAUCUGCGAGACGCAGGGGAUGCCUAGGCCCGCCCUGCUCAACGCGGCCAGGAAGGCUCACCUUUUCUUCAAGAGAAGCCAGCACCCUGAGGUGGUCAACUCCUGGCAGCUGAAGACCCCGGCGGAGUACCUGGCAGACACCAAGGUGAAGUCAGUGGAGAGGAGGAAGUAUGUGCUCAAGUCCCUGGACCAGAUGGAGACGGUCAACGUCCACAGGAUGAUCUACCCGGACACGGAGGCCCUGGCCGAGUACUUUGACCUGCGCAGCAUGGUGGAGCUCAUCAAGCGCAUGCUGACCUGGGACUCACACGAGCGCAUCACGCCCAGCGCUGCCCUGAAGCACCCGUACGUCUCCACCCAGCCGCUGAAGCAGAACUACGACCUUACCCAGUACUACCAGUUCUGCCUGCGCAGCCUCCACGAGUCGCUGCCCAGCCACAGCAAGACCGAGGAGGAGGCGCAGCUCUACAGCGCCAUGGAAGAAGAGCGUUUCUACUCGGUGCGUGACAGUUUCCAGGAAGAGAACAGUGCCCAUGGCAUCCAGAGGACCACCAGCCAGAUGGAUGACCUCAGCAUCGCCGAGGCUGGCCAGGAGGCACCCCUGAAGGUGUGGGGAGAAGGGCCCAGCGGGGGGCUGUAUGAGCCGACCCACCCCGGGCCCCCGGAGGCGGCAUCCGGCCGGCGCAAGCCUGUCCUGCAGAGCCUACGCUUGCGCCAGGAGCAACCGCAGCAAGAGCCCAUCCCGGCCUACUACCGGAACCGCCGUGGCAGCCCCCGGCACCGCAAGGCGUCUCACCAUGCCAAGCCAGACCCCACCUUUGAGAACCUGAUCCUGCUGGGGCAGUACUCCCCCAAGGAGCCCCCCACGUGGGAGAAGGAAAGCAACUCCAGCACAGCCUCCCUGCCAGAGUCCAACACCAGGGAAGACCCCAGCUACCCCAGGGGCUUGAUGCUUUCGCCCACCGCUCAGAGAGCGCAGCCAGAGGUGUACGAGCCAGCCGCCCAGCUGCCUGGGCCCACCAGUUGGCUGCCGAAGGAGAACUGGCUGGCAGAGCAUGGCAUGGAAAGGGCCCCCCUCAAGGCAGUGCUGCACGCUUCCCGGAACCGCCAUCAGCUGCAGCCGUACCUGCAACACAUCGCCAGCCACCACUGACCCCGCGGGCCCUCCCCACCCCCCCACCCCGGAAGAGGGCAGGCGCAGCAGAGAGAUGGCCCCAGCCGGCGGCCCUCAAAACAGAUUCCUUUGUAGCCACUAAAUAUAUAGACUGUUCCUCGCUGCCCAAAGCUACUUGCUUUAAUAAAAGCCACCUUACUCUUA